UGCGUCAGACGUUAAUUUUCAUUGCCGAAAGUUUGUAAUUAAAAACUCGACAUUUUCAGAAAUGGAAAACGACGUUGAGCAUACAAAAGAUGCGUUUCUUCGAUUUGAUGAAGAGAAUGAAAAAAUACGUCGUAAAGAACAGAAAAGACGACUUCUCGAAGUUUGGUAUUUUGCGAUUUUAUUAUUUCUGUUGAAUUCAGACAUGAAUCGUGAACUUAGAGAUUUGAAUAGUGGACUUAGAGAAGAGAAUGAAAAAAUACGUCGUAAAGAACAGAAAAGACGACUUCUCGAAGUUUGGUAUUUUGCGAUUUUAUUAUUUCUGUUGAAUUCAGACAUGAAUCGUGAACUUAGAGAUUUGAAUAGUGGACUUAGAGAUUUGAAUAGUGGACUUCGAGAUUUGAAUAGUGGACUUAGAGAUUUGAAUAGUGGACUUAGAGAUUUGAAUAGUGGACUUAGAGAAGCUGUAAAGUCUACCAAUGUGGUUGCUCAAGAUGAGUCGAAAAUCAACGAUGCUGGGUUGACUAUCAAUCUUACAAAAUCGAGCAAAAAUUUGACAAAAGAGAUACAUGAUGUGCAUGGAAUCCAAACAUUGAAAUUGAGAGAAUUUUGGUCGUCAUCGUCCAUUGAAGCACCCUUUCGGCUUCUUUCAAAUAUCGAAAUACCACAUGAUGGAAUUCUGAAUGGUGGAGCAUCUCGCGGUACGAUAACACUGAUUUGUCUGAAGAAUGGUGUUUACUCCGCCUUGACAUGCGCACAUGUUACUUGUGCCACUGACCAUCAGCAAACAUUUCUUGACGGAGAGCGACUGGUAUCAAUCAGCAAAGCUGUACAAACCUUGAGUAAACACGAUGAAAACAAGUAUAUUUACACACCGUCUAAGAGUGACUGUAAAGCAGAAAUUGGAUCUUCUCAUCAACACACCUUUGCUCAGUUUGAUAGUGAAACAGAUAUCAUGUCUAUCAAUAUUGGCAAGCAAGAGGAUUUCAAGAAACUUUUUGAUGAUGAAAUGGAAGAUGUUAUAUUGAACUUGGAUGAUGCAAAUUUAGAACUUCAACGAAGGGUUGAAGACAACAAGGAGGCUGUUAAAGUCCGCACAGCCACUGGUGUUGAGGGCUUCAUCAGUGAAUUGAAUUAUGAGUAUUGUUGUAAAAAUUCCACACGUCGCAUUUUCCAGAAUGCCAUCAAGAUAAAAAGUUGUCAAACAUUUCUUGAUUCCGGUGACUCUGGUACUCUUGUUUGGUUUUUGAAUGAAAACAAUAAUUGGCAACCAUUUGCAUAUGGUGUUAGCGAAAUACUUGAUGAUGGUGGCGAUUGUCCAGAAAAAAGUUACAUCUGCUUAAAAUUGCACAAGGCCUUAGAAUCACUUGGUCUAGAGAAUAGUCAAUUUUUCAGACUGCGAGACAAUGGUCUUAGUGUAUCCAACAGUGCUAAAAGCGGCGAUAGUGAAGGAGGUGCAGCUAACAAAAAAGACUCUGAAGUGACAAUAAAAUAUCGACGCAUUAGUGAUAAACGUCGACAAGUAGAAAUUGAAAGAGUAAAUGGAAGGAAAAACAAAGAAAACCCAAGUCAUGACGAUAACACCCCCAACACAAAGGAUUUCAUAAAAAAGUUUCAAACAAAAGACUACAAAAUCAAACCAAGUGUGCAUGAAGCAUUGGAAAGUUUUUCAUGGCUUUGUGGUGAUUAUGGUGUAGCUCGUCCGACCAAUCAAAUGCCAUACCUUCAUUUGUUUCUUGAAGUCGACCAAGCAAAAAAAGAUAAUAAACUUUUGAAACAAGAAAUUGAUGAAAUAUUUGAAUGGAAUGCUUCAAAAUAUAUGGAGUUACGUUUUAUCAACCCAUCUGACGAAAUUAUAAUUCAUCCGCUUUCGAAGAUGUUUCAAUCAAGGCGUGAUAAUGCGUCCAAACCAUCCUGUGGAACGUUGACUUUGCUCUGCUGCAAAGAUGGAAAACAUUACGCGUUGACUUGUCUACAUACUGGAUAUAAAAAUUCUCCCGAAAGCGAAAAUAAAUUCUUGUACAUUCAAGAGGAAAUUAAUAAUAAUAAAAGUGGUUUUGAGAAAUUUAUGCACGAAAACAAAUAUUCGUACAUUCAUAACGAUGGCACACAAAUAGCUCUUGGCGAAUUUUCGCAUUACUCAUUUGAUCAAGAAACCGAUAUAAUGGCCAUCUUAGUUGAUAAUAAAGAAAUUGAAUUCACUGCAGCUAAAAUAGAGAUGCCAAGUUCUCUAGAGAACGUGUUUGAGUUGCUGUCAAAGAGAGAAAACGUUGAGGUACAGACACCUGUUUAUAAAGCUGGCGACGAGGUCGGCGGGAGCAUUGUUGACCUCAAUCGUACCGUACGUUACAAGGGAAAAAUAGUGUUCCGUGACGUGGUGGCUGUAGAAAGUGAUCAAGAAUUUAUUCAGCAAAGUGACUCGGGCUCUCUGGUUUAUUUUAAUGAUAAGAACAACAAGAAGAUACCUUUUGCAUAUGCUGUUGCUGUUGCGUCCCGAAAGAACAAGAAGUACUAUGCUUGCCUGAGACUAAAAGAUGCUUUGGAUAAAUUAGGACUUCUCCAAAAUGCCUAUUUCAAGGACUUCUGCGUGUGAAACAUUGACAUUGUUGCAUACAUGCACUUAUUUAACAUUUCACAUUUUUGCUCUUAGUACUUGUACAUUCAUCUAAUGUUUUUGCAUGGCCAAUUUAGCGUAAAGCAAAAUAAAGUGUAGAAGCAAGAUUUUA